AUGUCCAGAGCCAACAGUGUCAGCCCACCCGGGGUCGGUGCGCCGCGGCUGAGGGGAGGGACCGAGCACAGAGCAGCUUGGGGAGAGUCGGAGUCCGUGGCCAAUGGGUGCCCAUACUCUGCCAGAUCCCCGCACGACAAGCUCACCCGGACGAACAGUCGGUGGCGAGAGGAGGAUGAUCCGGACCACCGGCAGCCCGGGCGAGCCUCCACCACCGUCAGCAGGGUCAGCUUCAGGUCCAGGUCGGCUUGGCAGGACCAUGGCGAGGAGAACCGAGGCCGCGGCGACGAGGUGAGACCCAAGUCCGUGGAGCUGGGUCUGGAGGAGCGCCGGGCCAAGCCGAGGAGCGACGACGCGGCGGAGGUCAUGCCCGAUGUGAACUUCUCCCUGGUGGCGUGCUGCACCAGCGUCAUGCACAUUUUCAAAUCCAAGAAAUUCCAGUCGGAGAAGUUGGAGCGGCUCUACCAGCGCUACUUCUUCCGCCUCAACCAGAGCAGCCUGACCAUGCUCAUGGCGGUGCUGGUGCUGGUCUUCACCGUCAUGCUGGGCUUCCACUGCUCCAGUGGGGCGACGGGCCCGAGGAUCCCGUUCGUGGUGGUGUUCUCCGUUGCCAUCUUCCUCACACUCGUGCUCAUGGUGGUGUGCAACAGGAACGGCUUCCAUCAGGACCACAUGUGGAUCGUGUGCUACGUGGUCAUCCUGCUGGUGCUGGUGAUCCAGGUGAUCGGGGUGCUGCUGGUGCAGCCCAGGAGCGCGUCCGAGGGCAUCUGGUGGACCGUGUUCUUCAUCCAUGUCAUCUACACCCUGCUGCCUGUCAGGAUGCGCGCCGCGGUCAUCACUGGAGUUAUUCUGUCCGCCAUCCACGUGGCUGUGUCCUGGAUGUUAAACGGCGUGGACAGCUUUCUGUGGAAACAGAUAGUGUCCAAUGUGCUUAUCUUCUCCUGCACCAACAUCGUGGGGGUGUGCACACAUUACCCUGCAGAGGGCUCCCAGAGGCAGGCCUUCCAGGAGACCAGGGAAUGCAUCCAAGCUCGCCUUCACUCCCAGAGGGAAAACCAGCAGCAGGAGCGUCUCCUGCUCUCAGUGCUUCCCCGCCACGUUGCCAUGGAGAUGAAAGCCGACAUAAACGCCAAGCAGGAGGACAUGAUGUUUCACAAGAUCUACAUCCAGAAGCACGACAACGUCAGCAUCUUGUUUGCAGACAUCGAGGGUUUCACCAGUCUGGCUUCCCAGUGCACAGCGCAGGAGCUGGUGAUGACUCUCAAUGAGCUUUUCGCCCGUUUUGACAAACUAGCAGCGGAGAACCACUGCCUGCGGAUCAAGAUCCUGGGCGACUGUUACUACUGUGUGUCGGGGCUGCCGGAGGCGAGGGCCGACCACGCCAGCUGCUGCGUGGAGAUGGGGAUGGACAUGAUUGAGGCCAUCUCGCUGGUACGGGAGGUGACUGGGGUGAAUGUGAACAUGCGAGUGGGAAUCCACAGCGGCAGGGUGCACUGCGGAGUGCUGGGCCUCAGGAAGUGGCAGUUUGAUGUCUGGUCCAAUGACGUCACAUUAGCCAAUCAGAUGGAAGCUGGGGGCCAAGCUGGGCGGAUUCAUGUCACCAAGGCCACUCUGAACUAUCUGAAUGGAGACUAUGAUGUGGAGGCAGGAGACGGGGGAGAGAGAAACGCCUACCUGAAGAAGAACAACAUCGACACCUACCUCAUUGUGGGCAGCAGUCAGAAAAGGAAAGAGGAGAAGGCGAUGAUCGCCAAAAUGAACCGACAGAGGACCAACUCUGUCACCCACAACAGCGGCCACUGGACCGACCGGCCCUUCUACAACCACCUGGGCGGAAACCAGGUCUCCAAGGAGAUGAAGAGGAUGGGAUUUGAAGACCCAAAGGACAAAAACACACAGGAAAACCUAAACCCAGAGGACGAGGUGGACGAGUUCCUGGGCCGGGCCAUCGACGCUCGCAGCAUCGACCGCCUGCGCUCCGAACAUGUCAAGAAGUUCCUGCUCACCUUUAGAGAGCCCGACCUGGAGAAGAAGUAUUCCAAACAGGUGGACUCCAGGUUCGGAGCCUACGUGGCCUGCGCCUCCCUCGUCUUUCUCUUCAUCUGCUUCAUCCAGAUCGUCAUCGUGCCUCCCUCCAGUCUGAUGAUCGGCUUCUUCAUCACUUGUCUCAUUAUCCUCACGGCGGUGAUGUUCGUCUCCGCUGUUUACUGCUGUUUCGGGCUGUUCCCUGUGGCCCUGCAGACUCUCUCCAGGAAGAUAGUCCACUCCAGACUGAACAGCACGCUGGUGGGCGUCUUCACCAUCAUCAUCGUCUUUCUGUCAGCUUUCAUCAAUAUUUUCACCUGCAGCAGCCACGACCUGCGGAGCUGCAUCACGUCAGAACUCAACAUAAGCCUGGGCAGCGUGGACGCCUGCCACGCCCGCCUCCUCAACUACAGCCUGGACACACAACACAGCCCCUGUGUGGACGACAGCCUCAUCUGCAGCUUUCCUGAGUACUUCUCGUGCUGCGUGCUGCUCAGUCUGCUCGCCUGCUCGGUCUUCCUGCAGGUCAGCAGCAUCGGGAAACUCUUCCUCAUGCUCUUCAUUGAGCUGCUCUACCUCCUCAUCAUGGAGGUGCCCAAAGUGAGCCUCUUCGACAACCAGGACCUGCUGGUCAUGGCCAAUGCCAUCAACGCCAUGAAUGGAACAAGCUGUGUGGUGGACAUAAAGGUCCCUCUGAAGAUCAUGACCCCGGUGGUCAUCACCGUCUUCGUCCUCGCUCUCUACCUCCACGCUCAGCAGGUGGAGUCCACGGCCAGACUGGACUUCCUGUGGAAGCUGCAGGCCACAGAGGAGAAGGAGGAGAUGGAGGAACUGCAGGCCUACAACCGCCGCCUGCUCCACAACAUCCUGCCCAAAGACGUGGCCGCCCACUUCCUGCAGCGCGAGCGGCGCAACGACGAGCUCUACUACCAGUCGUGUGAGUGCGUCGCCGUCAUGUUCGCCUCCAUCAGCAACUUCUCCGAGUUCUACGUGGAGCUGGAGGCCAACAGCGAGGGGGUGGAGUGUCUGCGGCUGCUCAACGAGAUCAUCGCCGACUUCGAUGAGAUCAUCAGCGAGGAUCAGUUCCGUCAGCUGGAGAAGAUCAAGACCAUCGGCUCCACCUACAUGGCGGCGUCCGGCCUCAACGACUCUACAUACGACAAGGUGGGGCGCACGCACAUCCGCGCUCUGGCCGACUACGCCAUGAGGAUGAUGGACCAGAUGAAAUACAUCAACGAGCACUCCUUCAACAACUUCAAAAUGAAAAUAGGUCUGAACAUGGGUCCUGUAGUUGCCGGGGUGAUCGGGGCCAGGAAGCCUCAGUACGACAUCUGGGGAAACACGGUGAACGUGGCGAGUCGUAUGGACAGCACAGGAGUACCGGAGAAGAUCCAGGUGACCGCAGACCUGCAACAGGUACUAAGCUCCUAUAACUACACACUGGAGUACAGAGGGUUGGUCACAGUCAAGGGCAAAGGAGAGAUGAUGACCUAUUUCCUGACCGGCGGACCCCCCAGCAGUUAA